AUGGUGCUUAAGGCAGCGCUUGGGCGACCUUUUAUUUUCCUUUUCGUACCAUUGUUACUGCUUACUUACGGCCGGGCGGACCAUCACAAAGUUAGUGAACAGUGCGAGUCGUUCACUGUGCGGCGCGAGUGGCGUACACUUUCGAAGGAAGAAAGGGCUAGUUGGGUAGACAGCGUCAAGUGUCUACACUCUAUUCGCCAUCAACGACUAUCGUUCGCCCAUCAGAAAACCCUCAUGACCAAGCUUCACCCAUCCCUAUACGAAGACUUCUCGUAUGCUCAUGCUGAGCUUGACAAGACCGCUCAUGUAACACCCAACUUUUUGCCGUGGCAUCGCUGGAUAUUGUGGAUGUUCGAGAUGAGGUUACGUGAUUCGUGCGGAUAUACGGGGCCUAUGCCAUACUGGGACUGGUCGCUUGACACAGAAGAUCUUACGAAAGCCCCAGUCUUUGACCCCGAUCCAGAGCAUGGACUCGGUGGCGGAGGCGACUGCUAUUCCACACCAACGUCAGAUUGCACAGUCGAAACGGGGGCGUUUUCUAUGGCUAGCCAAACUCCCGUCAUGCUCUCCUUCCCGAUUCCCCAUAUCCUCCGCCGCAACUUCUCCCUUUAUCCAUACGAACACGGUCUUUCCAAUGUUGCCCGGAAUCUGAGCCUCACGCGUCACAAUAUCAACAAUAUCAUGAAACAGACGGAACCGGGCGAUUACUACAUGUUUCAGCAUCGUAUGACGAAAGUCCACAACCAAGUCCACAAUUUUGUGGGCGGAGACUUGAUGGGGACGUGCCCCAUGAUAAUGGACACCGACGAAUGCGGGAGCUUUACGUCCAACGAUCCGAUUUUCUGGCUCCACCAUGGUCAAGUCGACCGGAUAUGGGUCAACUGGCAGAAUCUCCAUCCAGAGAACUUCAAUGCUUUCGCUGGAGCGCCCUUACAUCCUAAACUCUACCCGAACGCAACCAACUGGAAGGAUUACACUCCAAAUGCGUCCACAGAGCACAUAAUGAUGUUCGAUCGAAUAUCUGCUCCCGUACCUAUAGGUGCAGUUUUUAAUAUCAGCGAGCCGCCUUUUUGUUACAAAUAUGACGAUGAUUGGGAGAGCCCACAGCACAAUGCUAAACCAAGGAGCACCGGACGACUGAACUUCCUCCUCAGCUUGUAUCGUGAAUACGCGUCCGAUCUGAACAAGUCGAUCAUGCUGCAACAAUUGAUCUUGGCUGUAUCAUGCAUCAGCGCAGUGCUUGCUGCACCGACGGCUCAGACAAUAGCUGGUCCAUUCGACUGCAUUCCGGCCGGGUCCUUCACCCUCUGCCAGAAUCUGUGGGGCCGCGCAUCGGGAGUGGGGAACCAGAAUUCGACUCUGAUUAGCUCCGGAAACGGUGUAUCAUGGUCGACGGCCUAUACUUGGGCGAACGGGCCCAACAACGUUAAGAGCUAUGCUAACGUAGAGUCGACAACGGCCAAGGGCGUCCAGCUUCAAAAUGUGAAGUCGGCGCCCACGACCUGGAACUGGCAUUACGAGACCCAAUCGAGUGGGAUCAGAGCGGACGUUGCCUAUGACAUUUGGACUGGUGUGCCAUCGUCUGGAACCCCGGCUUCAAGUGCAUCUUCCUUCGAGAUAAUGAUAUGGCUGUCCGGGAAGGGAGGAAUCCAGCCCGUAGGCAGUCAGAUCCAGAGUAACGUGAACGUCGCUGGACACACCUGGAACCUCUGGAGAGGGCCGAACGCCAACUGGCAGGUUCUCUCCUUCGUUAGCACAACUGGGGAUAUCACCAACUUCAACGUCGACUUGAACGAUUUCUUUAAAUACAUCAUCGCCAACCAGGGUGUCGCUCCUACGCAGUUCGUUCAGUCGAUCCAGGCCGGAACCGAGCCGUUCGUUGGCCAGGCCAACCUCAUCACGGAUUCAUACAACGUUGCUAUAAACCACUAG